AUGGCAGUCUUGGAGAUAGAUGCGCUGAUCGUCGGGGCGGGGUUCUCGGGUAUCUACCUUCUACAUCGACUCCGAGACCAACUACACCUCAAUGUGAAAAUUGUCGAAGCGGGGUCGGAUGUGGGCGGGACCUGGAAUGCCAACCUUUAUCCUGGCGCCAGGGUGGACAUUCCUUCGCCUAUAUACUCCUUCAAUAUCGAGGAGGCGUGGAAGGAUUGGAAUUGGUCGGAAUUAUACCCUGGGCAAAAGGAGCUACAGGCCUACUUCCAACAUGUUGACAAAGCUUUAUCCGUGAGACAGGACACUUUCUUCAACUCACGUGUCAAUUCGGCUCAAUUUGAUACCACCACUGCCCGUUGGACUGUCAAGACGGAGGACGGCAAAACUAUCGUCGCAAAAUACUUCCUUCCUGCCGUGGGCUUUGCCUCGCAGAAUUAUCUACCGACCUGGAAGGGAUACGACUGCUAUCAGGGGAGCAUCAAUCACACUGCUCACUGGCCCCGUGACGGGGUCGAUGUACGAGGAAAGCGAGUCGCUAUCAUCGGCACUGGCGCAACUGGUGUACAAGUCACACAGGAGUGGGCCAAAGAAGCUAGCGAAACAUUCGUCUUCCAGCGUACACCAAACUAUGCAGUGCCCAUGAAGAAUAAAACCCUGGAUUCGGCCAGUCAAAAACAGAUGCAGAAAGAUACGGGCGACCUGCUCGCCUACGCCGGGAGCACAGGGGGUGGUCUGCACUUCCACAGCACGACAAAGGCACUGGCGGACUGGGAGAACUUAGAGGACGCCGCAAAACACGUGAAUCAGAUGUAUGAUGAAGGUGGUUUCAGGUUCUGGGCUGCCAGUCUUGCCGAUAUCACCGUCAAUGAAGACGCUAACAAGUUCGCUUAUGAUAUCUGGGCGAAAAGAGUUCGCGAAAGAAUCGAUGAUCCGGUGAAGGCUGAACUAUUGGCACCAUUACAGGCCCCACACCCAUGGGGUACGAAACGCCCAUCAUUGGAGCAGGAUUACUACGAACAGUUCAACAGGCCGAAUGUCCACAUCGUGAACACCAAGGAGCAUCCAAUUGUCGAGUUUACCCCCAAUGGGAUCAUGACCGACGAUGGCAAGAUCUACGAAGUGGAUGCUAUCGCUGUGGCUACGGGCUUUGACGCAAGUACAGGUAGCCUAUCCAGGACAGGUAUUCGGGAUCUAGAUGGUGUUGACCUGGGAACUCGAUGGAAAGACGGAGUUAUAAGCCUCCACGGAAUGACUGUCCCAGGGUUCCCAAACAUGUUCCUGCCUUACUCCAUCCAGUCUCCGACCCCAUUCACCAACGGGCCUAUCUUCAUCCAAUUCCAGGCCGAUUGGAUCCGAAGCAUGAUUGAGAAGAUGGAGAAAUCUGGUAUCCGCUAUAUUGAUCCUCAAAUGAAGGCUGCGCAGGAAUGGCGGGCAGAAGUACAGGCAAUUGCCAACAUGACUCUGUUUCCCAAGGCCAAGUCCUGGUACCAGGGUGCCAACAUUCCUGGAAAACCCGUUGAGCAGUUGUAUUAUCUUGCCGGAAUGCCGAUGUAUUUCGAGAAGUGUGAAGCAGCUCGUGACGAUAAAUUUGCAGAGUUGUUUGUCAGUGCUUAG